AUGUCCUCCGACUCUGCCUCCUCCGCCGUCCUUCCCUCCCGCAUCCUCCUGUCUCUCCUCGGCCUCGCCUCCGCCGCCGGUGGCUACCUGGCCGACUGGAACGAAACCCAUGUUUUCAAUCCACGAUGGACGCCGCAUGCAAAAUUCCAUAACGGCCAGACCAUGUCGACGGGGCUGGGUCUAGGCCUGCUCACAUGGUACUACACUUGGCGGACCACCAACACCUCGACCACGUCGGGCCUGCUGGACAACUUGCUCACGGCGACGCUGAUGAGCAGCUUGUACUGGGCGACGCAGGUGUCGGCGAUCCUGUACCCGGGGACCAAGUGGGUGGACGACGAGUUCAAAGAGAGUCAUGGCGAGCCUCAGAAGCGAGGGGCGCCCGUGUUGCUUGGCUUGAGCUGGGCCGCUUUCGGGCUGGGCUGGUAUCGGUUGACCAGUGGGGGGAAAUCGAUCGCUCUCUGA